GGAACUUUCUCUGUUGUGUUCUAGCACCUCAACAGAGAGAGAAGCUUUGGCAAUGGAGUUGAGGGUUUUGCCUUAUGUCUCCUUCAUUGCAGUAAUGGUGGCCCAUGCAGUUGAUGCACAUGAUUUCGCGAAAAUCGGGCUGAACUAUGGCAUGAAGGGUGACAACCUUCCCCCACCCUCCCAAGUAGUGGCCCUCUACGAGGACCACGGCAUCCAAAAAGUGCGCCUCUUUGAUCCCAACCCUGAUGCCCUCGAAGCCCUUCGGGGCUCUGGGAUUGGCAUUCACCUCGGCGUCCUAAAUGAAGACAUCGGGAGUAUUGCUACUAAUUCUGUCGUUGCUGAUCAGUGGGUCGCGGCCCAUGUCAAGCCCUAUGUUCCCGACGUUAACAUCACUUAUGUCUCUGCAGGCAAUGAGUUCGUCACUGAUGAUACAGCCGACCAGGUUCCAUCAGCUAUGCAGGCCCUUCGCAAAGCCCUUGAUGCCGACGGGUUGUCCAACAUCAAGGUCACCACGACGAUAGCCACGAGCGUACUCUCAGCAUCAUACCCUCCAUCGCAGGGGGCCUUUACCUCCAGCGUGACCGCCGCAAUGACGUCAAUCGCAGCGUUACUCACCCAACAACAAGCCCCUCUCUUUGUCAAUGUGUACCCCUACUUUGCUCAUGCAAACGACCCUGACAAUGUGAAGCUCGACUACGCCCUGUUCACUGCUCUGGGCCCAGUGGUGCAAGACUCUGGCCUGAGCUAUCAAAACCUCUUUGACACUAUCCUUGAUGCGAUGUACUAUGCGUUGGAGAAGGUGGGUGGAGCAUCUGUGGAGCUCGGAGUCGGAGAGACUGGGUGGCCAUCUGGUGGCGAUGCGGGGGCAGCAACGAUCGAUAAUGCAAGAACAUACACUAACAAUCUGAUAAAGCACAUUGCAUCGGCUCAGGGCACUCCCAAGUUGCCUGGAAAGCUCAUAGAGACUUAUAUUUUUGCCACCUUCGAUGAAGACUUGAAGCCUAAAGGCACUGAACAGAACUUUGGGCUCUUCUACCCUAGCAGGGAACAAGUCUAUGCCGUGGACUUCUUCCCCAGUGUGUAAGAACUGGGCAUGUUUGUUUUUUGGGGCUAAGUAUUUGUGACUAUUUUCUUAUUUUGUAAAUCUAAAAAAAAAAAACAGUUUAUUGUUUUAAGUAGUGGCAGUAGAUCUCAUUA